AGUGGACAUUUUAUGAUCUGUGACUUUUGCACACGGCACUCAAACACAGAAACAGGAAGCAGGAAUUGCAUGAUUUCAGGGGAAAAGAAACUGAAGUGUUGUUGAGCUGUUGUGUGUUUUUUGUCUCUGUAUUCAUGCAGUAAAAUGGCAGAAGCCAGAAUUUCUCUGGAUGAGUUCACAUGUCCAGUGUGUCUGGACCUCCUGAAGGAUCCGGUGGCCAUUCCCUGUGGACACAGUUACUGUAAGAGCUGUAUUACAGUCUGCUGGGAUCAGGAGGAUCAGAUGAGAGUCUACAGCUGCCCUCAGUGCAGACAGACCUUCAGUCCAAGACCUGCUUUAGCUAAAAACACCAUGCUGGCUGAAGUGGUGGAGAAACUGAAGAGAAAGAGAAAACGUCCUGCUGACUGUUACGCUGGAGCUGAAGAUGUGCAGUGUGACGUCUGUACUGGAAGAAAACACAAAGCUGUCAAGUCCUGUCUGGUGUGUCUGGAGUCUUACUGUCAAACUCAUUUUGACCGUCAUGAGGAAUUUCACUCACGUAAGCCACAUAAAGUGACUGAUGCUACUGGACGACUGCAGGAGAUGAUCUGCCCGAAACACGACAAGAUCCUUGAGGUUUUCUGCCGUACUGACCAGAAGUUUAUAUGUCUGCUGUGUACGAUGGAUGAACAUAAAAACCACAACACUGUAUCAGCUGCAACACAGAGGACAGAGAAACAGCACCAGCUGAAGGAGAUGCAGAAGUCGUUCCAGCAGAGGAUCCAGCAGAGAGAGAAAGAUCUUCAGCAGCUGAGAGAGGCUGUGGAGUCUCAUAAGCGCUCUGCACAGACAGCAGUGGAGGACAGUGAGAGGAUCUUCACUGAGCUCAUCCGCUCCAUUGAGAGAAGCCGCUCUGAGGCCACACAGCGGAUCAGAGAUCAGGAAAAGACUGCAGUGAGUCGAGCUGAAGGACAACUAGAGCGACUGGAGCAGGAGAUCAAUGAUAUGAGGAGGAGAGACGCUGAGCUGGAGCAGCUUUCACACACACAGGAUCACAUCCAUUUCCUGCAGAGUUUCCAGUCUCUCUCAGCUCCUCCUGAGUCUACAGAUGUAAAUGAUGAUCCCUUCAGUACUUUCUCCUCUUUUGAUGUCUUGAGAGAAUCUGUCCUUCAGCUGAGAAACAAACUGGAGGAUUUCUGCAAAGAGGAGCUCAGGAAGAUCUCUGACAGAGUCACUUUCACCAACAUUGUUCCCAGGACCAGGAACGACUUCCUACGAUAUUCCCAUCAGCUCAAUCUGGAUCUGAACACAGUGAAUAAACUCCUCCGUCUGUCUGAGAGGAACACAGUGAUUACCGUCACUGACACAGAUCAGUUAUAUCCCGAUCAUCCAGACAGAUUUGAUUGUUAUCAGCAGGUGUUGUGUAGAGAGAGUGUGUGUGAUCGACGCUGUUACUGGGAGAUUGAGUGGAGUGGGAAAUAUGUGUUUAUAUCAGUGUCAUAUAAGAGCAUCCGCAGGAAGGGAGGGGGUCGUGAGUGUUUGUUUGGAUCUAAUGAUCAGUCCUGGAGUUUGUAUUGUACUCCCUCCAGUUGCACAUUCAUACACAAUAAGAUACAGACUAAACUCCCUGUAGAGUCAAUCAGCAGGAGAAUAGGAGUGUAUGUGGAUCAGAGUGCAGGAACUCUGUCCUUCUACAGCGUCUCUGGAGACACAAUGAGCCUCAUCCACACAGUCCAGACCACAUUCACUCAACCGCUCUAUCCUGGGUUUACGGUUCCCAUUGGAUCCUCAGUGAAACUGUGUUGAUAAAUCAGAAUACACUCAAGAGAGAUUCUACCCAUACACUACAAACCCAAACAGUACAACUAACUUAUAAAGAUUGAGUAUGCUGCAAUUAACGUCUGUUAAAUCAUUGAUGCAAAUUAAAACUAUUACAUUUUCUGAACGAGGAGUUUAAUUUAAUUUUUGUGUAUUUUUGAGUAAACUUAAAUUAUUAUUUUUAAAUUUACUCAGCAAUAUAAAGUGACGUCAUCCAUGUCACGUCGAUGCCGAUGUUACCACAUAAUCUACAUUAUCAGAAGAGUUCAUUCAACAUUAAAAUGAUUUGCAGCAAAUUUCCAGUUCCAAGCAUGCGUUGCGUCACACUCUGUAAGGGAGUUUUUUUAAGGGAGUGUUUUUUUGUGUGUGUGUUUUUGCACAAGAUUAAUACAGUUUUUGUUGUUAUUUUGCUUUUUAAAUAUGUUUCUGUAAUGUUGAAGUUUUUAGGGUUACCAUCGUGGUGAAGAGUAGUGCCUGUGGUUAGGUCGAGAACGGGCUGUGAAACUUCAAAGCUAUAUAUACUACAUGUUGUUUAACAGUUCAUGCAAGUAAAUAGUGAUAGUCUCUUUGAUGGUUACAUUAACGCUGUAAAGAUUAGGUGUUAGUUUAUUCAGUAUUUCAAUUAAAUUGUAAUUACUGAAUUUGUGUAGUAUAAAAUAUAAUCUUUGAGUUGUUUACUUAAAUGUUUUGAGUAAUCUGAAUUUAUUGGGUUUUACAACCACUGCAUCAAAAUAAUUGAAAAAUUAGAAACAUUACAUUUGGGAAACAAUAGUUUUAAGUACAGUGGACAUAAACAUUAAGUACAAUACAUUAUUUUUUUUUUAGGUUUGACUUACUUAUAAUUAUUCAUUACUUUAAAAAUUUGAGAGGCUUUACUUAAAUUCUUUUAAGGUAACUGGUGUCUACAAUAAUUUUGAGUACUCUGAACUUAUCAGGUUUUACAGUAUUAUACUUUCAUUAUUGCAUUACAUUAAGUCUUUCUACAUUAAGUAUUCCAAGUAUAUUCUUAUUCAAACAAGCAAAAAUAUCUAAAAUAAUCUUAUUUCUAUGGUAAAAGCUUUUUUUGCAAUAUUAAUAUUGUAUUAUAUUGUAUGUUUAAUGCAAAGUAAAAAAAAUGUUCUUUCUAUGGCUUCCAAUUAAAAUUAUAAAUGAAUUAUAAUAAUUGAUGAUGCUUUUUCAUGAAUAAAGGGGGGAUAAAAAUAAGGAUUUUUAAGGAUUAAAUAAAAAGUAUUCUUUCUAUGGCUUCCAGAUUUCAACAGUUAAAAUUACAAGCUGUUUUUUUUUUUUGACGAACAGAUUCAAAUCUAAUCUAAGGAUACUUUAUGUUUACACCACAACUAUGUACUAAAAACUGUAACAGUCACUCUUUCACUUUAUAUCUGUGACAUGAGUUGGUUUAUUUGCAUACAUUCUCUCACUCAAUUCAUUCAUUUAAUUUAUUUUGAGCAGUUAGAAAAUGAAAUAUUCAAUAAAAGGCAAAAUGCAUUAUGUUAACUAUAAUAAUUACGUAACUGUAGAAAUAUUAAGAGCUGAGUAAAGGAAGCAAGUAUGAACGGACCCCCUGCAGUACCAUCGCAAACCCCUGGUUGAAGAACCUUGAUUUACACAAAAACAAGAUUUUGGAGACCUGAAAAUGCAAACUUUUUUAAAAAUGCAAGUUUUUGAAAACUAUACCGUUUUCGUCUCCAAUGUGAACUACAAAAACAUGAAUUUGUGAAACAGUUUUUGUAGCAAAUUAGCUCAAAGGGGAAUAUCAUUAAUUAAUUAUAACUGGUUAAUUGUACAUAUUUGGAUCAGACUUAAUCAUUGUUGUGUUUUUUGUCAGAUUGUGAUUUACUCUUGUCAUUCCUUAAUUGUGACCUGUUAUGGACUUGAACUGAAGACUGUGGACUGAUUGUCUGAUUGCUUUAAUCAUGAUUGUGAUUUAUAGCGCUUUUUCCAUAUCACUACUGAGAGUGAAUGAAAUUGUUACACUGACGAAGGCAAAAAUCCAAAACGUUUGUCAUCUUAUCUCCUGUGUACUUCAAUUAAAGUUUUUUAAAGUGCA